AUGGAGAUUGACUUGGCAGGAACCCAAGAGGAGGGAGACAUCGGUAGCACGGCUGUCGUCGAAAGGGAUUUCAUUGACGUCGCUAAAGAUUGGAAGAAGCUUUUCGUUGCGGUUUGCAACAUCACAACUGUCCUUCCAGUAACGGCUUUCACGACAUUUCUGCCCUUGAUAGUCCAGGGCAUGGGAUACUCUGGCAUCCAGGCAACUCUCAUGAGUGUUUCCCCAUUUGUAGUUGGCACUGUCGGUCUUCUUGUCAUCGUUUGGCUGAGUGACCAUUUCAAAGAACGGUCUAUGCAUACUGUCGGUGGCAUGUGUCUUGGUAUCAUCGGUUGCAUCGUCAUGGCCACCUCAACCAACACUCAGCUUCGAUACGGUUUCGCUCAUGUCUGCAUGGCAGGCGUUUUCGUUGGUGGUCCGCUGCUAGCAGUGUGGCUGGCCGGCAACACGCCGUGGAAAGGCACCAGAAGCGUCAUGAUGGGGAUCAAUGGAUGGUCCAACAUUGCCGGCGUCAUCGCGGGACAGAUUUUCAAGAGCAAGUACGCACCAAGAUAUGAGGUACCUCUGAUCAUAACGAUGGUCAUCAUGGCUUGCGGCAUUUGCGGUCUGGUGUUCCUGAAAUACGCGUACAAAACGGAGAACAGAAAGCGCGCAAUUGAGAUUGAAACGUGGGAUGAAACUCAAUUUGCAGCUGAAGCCAGAUCUGAGAUACGGAGAGGGGACCAAAGACGCACCUUCAUGUACGGAACGUAG